AGAAACUCCUCUCUCCUUUUUUUUUUUUUGGUAAAUUUUUAAAGGCGGGUGCGGAUCUAAUUAACAGAACUAUCCAAAAUCGGAUUUUCCUUCAUUUUCUCAGGAAAGUCGAAUUGUCUCGGGUAUGAUUUGAUUAGGGUCGGGAUGUGGAUUUGUCGAUUUUUCCUAUUAGGUUUUAUCUAUUUGCUUUGGCUGUGAUCUCUAUCUGUGGGGAUCUGAGCCUCGGGAGACUCACUAGUUCAAAAUGCUGGAUUGGUGCUUCGGCGCUUGCCGAGUUCUUCAGUUCAGAUCCCGUUAGGCAAGAUCGCGGUCCUUGCGAGCCAGAUCACAACUCGCCAAGUCAAAUUGCUGGUGGUUGUGAUCCUUAUUCUGGUGGUCUCGGAAGUAUAGGUUCUUCCCCACCGUGCUUCAAUAAAUAAUUCCCAAAAAAAUAAAUAAAAAAAUCCAUCACCUGUUGCACCAAAGGGAUGUUGCCACCUAGAGUUUCUUUUGGAUUUUCCUUUUUUGGAAGUGGGGAUUCAAACAAGGCCUAUGACUCAGUUGGUGGUGGUAAAAGUGAGCUUGUGCCAUCUCUAAAACUACGAACUGACAAAGACGUAUAUAGGCCUGGUGAAUCAAUUGUUGUUACCAUCGAGAUUCAUAACCCUAGUGGGGUCAUAGAUGAAUUAUCCAAAAAGGAGAAUGCAGGUGAUUUUCUUUGUCCACUUUUGGUGGAAAUGCUUAGUUUUGAAAUUAAAGGGAUUGAGAAAUUGGAUAGUCAAUGGUAUGCCACCCAGAAGCCGCUACCUGGAUCAAAGCAGAGGAGAGGAGAGCACAUUUUUCUGGAUUGUGCGACACCAUCAAUAGUUUCAAAUCAGAUUGUUUCCGCUGGAGCUGUUAAAACAUAUGUGGCUCGAACUGAGCUGCCCAGCAUUGUACCACCUUCUUACAGGGGUGCUACCAUUCGUUAUUUUUACUACGUCCGAUGUACAUUAUCUGGAAGAUGGCUGGUUCUGGAAAAUGGUCAUUCCCCAAGAGAGUCAAGAAAAGAUCUUAUUGAACUGGAAGCUCGCAUUCCAUUGCAAAUAUGGGUUACUCAGAAAACCAGUGGCUUGCUAAUUGAAGAAGGUCAUAAUGAUGGAAUUGUUCCUAAUGCAGCUAUCCAAAUGGAUGUAUAUUGGAAAGAGAUGGAUGGAGACUCUGAUUGGGUUAGAGCAAAUGAAACAUAUGAUGGAGUUGAGGAAGGCUAUGAAAGCUCAAGGGAUGAGGUCUCAUCUAUUUCUUCCUACAAUCCCAUGAAGGAAAAUAUACACAAAAGCUUCGGAAGUUCUUUGUCCUUGCAAUCUUUCUCUGCGAGAUCUUCAACUCCCUAUCUCGAAGGUGAACGCACAAGUAUAUCUUCAUAUGUCACACUUCCUCGGUUGUCUGUGGCUGAAGUCAUAAAUGAUUCUAGCUUAGAUGCUUUGUCAUCCCAGAAGUCUUCAGCCAAUCUCUCUCCAAGUGAGCAGAGAAAGGAUACAAAACCCAUUUCUGCAGAUGAUGAGGCAGGAGUCUCUACCAUACCAGCAACUGAUGAUCCAGCAGCAUCAGAAGGCUUUAUUCGAGGAAGGUCCUACAAUAUCAGGCUGGAUGACCAAGUUUUGCUUAGAUUCUCCCCAAAGAACUCUGACUCAACCUAUUAUUUCAGUGAUAUGAUAGGUGGCACUCUUACUUUCUUUCAUGAAGAAGGAGCUAGGAGAUGCCUUGAGGUUUCCAUAACAUUGGAGAGUUCGGAGACUGUUAAUCGCCGUUUUGCUCAUCCUUCUCGGAGAAAUUCACUCACAAUUACAAAGCAUGACAACUAUUGUAUGUGGAGGUGUUGUUGGGGGUUUGUGGAGGUGGGGUUUGAGAAAAGAUUGGCACGCUGGACAAGGCACUAUUUAUGCAAUGAGGGCAAAGUUAACACUCCAUAGAUGAAGGGAAUGCCAAGGAAAAUUCAAGAUCACAAAAUAGAGAGGAGGCUAACAACUGGUCUUUGGACUUGUAAACUUCAUAAAAUUGAAAAUUAUUGGAUGUGAUGAAUAAAAAUUUCACCUUUUGUGUACAAGCUGUCCAGAUUUCAUGAAAACAAAAUUCUAUUUAAAAGGGGCAUCCCGUUUCCUUUAUCCCAAUCCAUCUGACUGCUGAAUCAUAUACUUGGAUUUUAGAAUCUGAUUGUGAAAUAAUAAAUUAGAUUAAGACACUAUCCCAAUACCCUCAUGUUAUAGAAUAAUUAGAAAAUAACGCUGGAAAAAUAAAAUUGGAAUAAAACCGGUUUAUGCUAUUGGAUCUCUAAACUCGUGGAUGUGAAUUUGAUGUUGAUGACGCUUUCUGAACAACACCAACUUGAACAGAAACUGCUGGACCUGGUGCAGCUGCAGAGAUCUUAGCAACCAACUGGUCUUCUUCAGUGUUCUUGGUUUGUUGCACAAGAUGGUGUAGCUCCCUCUCUAACCACUCAAAAGAUUGUGCCUUUUCAACCACAAAAAUUCUGAGUGUGAUAUAGAGCAGCCCUAAAAUACAAUAAAAUAAAAUGAAUGCACAAAGGGUGUGAUCUCUGUUGAAAAUAGGGAGCUAAAAUAUGCUUUAUAUUGGAAAUCCUGUUGCACCACUACCUCUUUGAAAAGCUUCCUUCUUAAUUAAAUUUCCCAAAUAUCUUUCCAAUUGAGUUGUGAUUCAUAGUAUGUCCUUAAUUAGGAUGCUGAAAUUUAUUUUCAAUGGUCUGAAAACCCUAAGAUAAACUCAGUUUCCCCAUGGAAAACAAACCUUAUUUCAUCCUCCUUUUCAAGUCAGUCUACCGAUUUGUUAUCUAAUUCCUUUUGCUCACUUAUGCAAUAAAUAAACUAUGAUUUAAAGUGUGUUUGAGGAAACUUAAUACUUAUAUUUAAUGACUUAAAGUGAUCGACUUAAAUUGACUUUAAGUUAAAGUACAAUUUUGUUGUACACAUCUUUAUCAACACACUAGUUGUAAGCUCGAUAACUUUUCCUAUGACUGAGUCAAAUCAUACUACCAACUAGAAGGUAGCUAUUGUGUGCUGCAACUGAUCAAAUAGGUUGCCCAAUUCUAUUUAUGAUUGGGAACAGUGAUUUAGCUGGAGGCUAUGUUUGGUUUUCGGAAAGGCUACUUUUGUUCUCUAUUUUAUUUUCCUCACAUUU